ACCAGACAGUGCUGUAUCUUCUGUUUGUCCAUUAGAAAGGUUAACUGCAAAUCCAUUUGGCUUUCAAGCCGUAGCAAACUGAAUUCAGGGCAUUGCCUGCAGUGUUUUACAAUCAUGGGUGUAGCAUCUAUAUCAUUCCUCUUGCGUCUGCUGAGAAUUUUCCUCAUCUGUUCUUUCUUAGGCUUCCUAAAUUUGCAUUGCUCCAGUGGAGAAAAUGAAUUGUCCUUUCACCUGAAUGAUGCUGAUGUCAAUGUGACCAGAAGCAGGUGGCGUCGCUCGCCAAGCAACCCACCACAGCCUAUUGAUUGCAUCUUUUCCAGCUGGUCCUCAUGGAGCUCUUGUGAACCUUGUCAGAAGAAAAAGUACAGAUUUGCCCAUGUGGAACGGCCUUCUCAGUUCGGCGGUGACCCAUGUGAUUACUCGGACAAAGAAACCGAAGACUGCGUUCCAAGCAGCCCUUGCAGAAAUACAGUUAGAUGUGAAGGCUUUCUAUGUGGUACAGGAAGAUGCAUUAAUCGAAGGCUGCUUUGCAACGGAGAUGAUGACUGUGGAGAUUACUCAGAUGAAAAAAAUUGUAAGAAAGUGCAUAAAAUGUGCAGCCGAGAGACAGAACAAUACUGGGGAAUCCAAAUGCUAGCAAGCGGAUUAAAUAUCUUCACAAAUGAACUAGAAGGAUUAGUUUUUGAUCAUAAAUAUUAUGCUGGAGCAUGUUCUCCACAGUAUAUUGCGGAUACCAGAUUUAGAAAGCCCUACAAUGUAGAAAGCUAUUUGGCAGAGACCAAAGGCAAAUAUGAAUUUUCAUUGACUGAGUAUUCAUCUUAUUCAAGUUUUGAAGAGAAUGUCUCCGAGGUGAAAACAAAACAAGAAAGCUUCAGCAUUGGGAUAAAAAUACCCAGUGUUUUUGAAUUUGGUUACAGUCAGAAUGACAUCAGGUACAAAAAGUUCAGUCAGAGGACAAAAAGGUUUUCUUCAACGUCUAGCAAAUUUAUCCAUGCACGUUCAGAGCUGGAAGUUGCCCAGUAUAAACUGAAGACUCGGAAUUUAAUGCUUCACUAUGAGUUUUUCCAGAGACUUCUUCGCUUGCCUUUGGAGUAUAGCUAUGGGGAAUAUCGAGAACUCUACAGAGACUAUGGAACACAUUAUAUCACAGAAGCAACCCUUGGUGGCACUUAUGAAUAUACUUUGAUCAUGAAUAGUGAAGAGCUUCAGAAGGCAGGUUACUCUUUAGAUGACGUCAAGACUUGUACACAGAAGGGAGUAAAAAUUGGUGGAAAUAUUAAAGGUGUUUAUGUAGCAGUAGGAGUAUCAUUUGGAGGCUGUGAAGCCAUUUUAAAAGAAAUUGGAGAUAGCAAGUCUGAGAAGAAAUUUGUGGAGGACUUCAUAGCCCUUGUUCGUGGAGGUGCAAGUGAAUAUAUUACAGCCCUUGCUUACAAGGACCUGCCGACACCAGAACUGAUGCAAGAAUGGGGGGAUGCUGUUCAGUACAACCCUGAAAUCAUGCGGAUGAAGGUGGAGCCUCUUUAUGAAUUAGUGACUGCAACCAGCUUUGCAAAUGCAAAUACACUGAAGCAAAAUAUGAGGAGUGCCUUAGAGGAGUUCCAAAAGGAAAUCAGUACCUGUCGUUGUGCUCCAUGCCAGGGCAAUGGGACCCCCAUUUUGAAAGGGACUCGCUGUGAAUGUGUCUGUCCCCUGGGACAUCGAGGCAUUGCCUGUGAGCUGACACAAAGGACAGAUGUUGCUGUAGAUGGGAACUGGAGUUGUUGGUCCAACUGGUCAGUGUGUUCUAGAGGACAGCGGAGAAGAAGUCGGGAAUGUAACAAUCCUAGUGCACAAAAUGGUGGCAAGCCUUGCUCAGGUCUAAAUGCUGAAACUGUUAAUUGUUAACAGACAAAACAGUUUGUUUGGAAAAGAAGCAAAUGGACAUCAUCAUAAUAUUAUAUAAUAGCAUCAUAACAUUAUACAGAUCGUGGAUCUUUAUACACAUUCUAAAACCAAUUCACCUAUGAUAUUUCGUUGAUCUAUAGAUUGUUUGCCCUGGCUUGGAUAGCCCAGGCUAGCUGUAUGUCAUCAGAUCUCAGAAGCUGAACAAGGUCAGCCCUGAGUUAGUACUUGGAUGGGAAACCACCAAAGAAGUCUAGGGUUGCUAACUUGCUACACAGAGGCAAGUAACGGCAAACCACCUCAAGCCUCUUGUCUUGAAACCCCUGUGGGGUUGCCAUGUCCGCUUCAACUUGCUGACAAAAAGAAAAAGACUUUUUACAUGAAUGUGGCCUGAUUCAGAAAGUUCUAUGACAUGCUUUGUAUGUAUGGAGUCUCUAAACACAGGGUUUUCCAACUGAGUUCAA